AUGAACUUUGAAAAAAGACGUCUAGAUACCUUACCGAAAGAGAUAUGCUACCAGAUUAUGGAGGAGCUACUGGCUCUCCGCAACACGGGUGGUAUGAUAACUAAAUUACCUAGAUCAAGAUGGCCACUCAAAUACGGGUUCAAGCCAGCGCUCCAGACACAAGUGCUUCGCGUCAACAAGAAUUUGUAUACUAUCGGCCGAACUGUACUUGACCGUUCAAAUAGAUGGGUAAUCGUAGAUAUGGACUGCGCAUACCUGUUAAUCCAAUGGGCUUCUGCAUUCCUGGAGAUGAUCACCGUAGAUUUGAAUUCAGUUCAGCAUCUGCCACCUGGCAUGAUGCACAUCCGCAUCAAACUCUUUACUAAGACCUCAAUAUGCGCCCCGUCCUACAGACGUCUUUGGCCCAAGGGCAUGCCCGAGCGACAGAUCAUACUCAUCCCAGCCAGCCAACUCAACAGCUUCGUCUGGGCUCUUCGAAUAGUCGAACUCGCACACUCACUGCGAAGGAUGCCAGGUUCACUAUAUCGAAACCGUAUAACCGACAAGUCAUACAAAGUAACCACCGGCCAACACGGCCUAACCAUCUGCAUCAACCUGAACCCAGCCUACCCCCCCUCCCUCCUCCACACUUCCCUCUCCCACUUCCGACUCCUCCACAGCCCCCUAAACGACCUCUCAAUCGUCAACCCCCCAGACCCCCACCAAGCCCAUGCUAUCGAAUCUUCAAUCCGCGCUCCCCGCAAUCUCACCACCGACUCCACAUUCUCCGAAGUCCUCCUGCACAUCCUCGACAUCAUAGCGCUUGCUGACCGCAUAUCUCAGCAGGGCUUCGCCAGCUGCAUCCCAAUGCUCUACGAACAAGCCCACGCAAUGUCAUUUAACAUAUCACAUAACGAUAAAACCGCCUGGAACGGCUGGAUCACGGAUGCCACAGCACAUGAUUCGUGCUUCGGGCUACUCGUCUUAUGUGCUGGUGCUACGAACGCCAUGCUGCAUGACCUGUGCAGUCGGCGGAGUGUAGAGUUUUCAGACCCGGAUUUGGCGAUUGCACGGCAUAUGGGGCGGGAUAGUGUGGCGUUGGUUGAGGGGACGGGGGUGAGGGAGCAGUUGCGGGCGUUUGUUUACUUGGUUAAUGGGUUGCAUUGUGUCUUUUCGUGCAAGGUAAGGGGGCAGCGGGGCCUGGAUGUUAAUGUGCUGCUUUUUGGGCUGGGGCUGUUGGUUCAGAGUCAGUGGUAUGUACAGGGUAUGACGAGGAAUAAAAGGGGUUUGUUCCGUGCGGCGUGGAAGAUGUGUGAGAGGGUUUUGGGGAUGGAGUGUGGUGGGCGGUUUGAUAAUGCUGUUGCGGAUGUUAUUGGGGAUUUUGGGAGGUGGUUUGGUGAGUAUUUGAAGCCGGUAAAGUGGCGUGUGCAUGAGAGUCUUGUUCCGGAGGUGCUGAGGAGAAAGGGGGUGCUGGGGAAGAUGAGGAAUGCGUCGCUUUUGACGCGGGAGGGAUUGGAUCGGUAUCUUGUUAUUGAUACUUUUCAGGUGGAGGCUGGAGCGCAAGGGGACUUCUAUCUUCUCUGA